GCGCUGAGGGAAAGCUUUUCUUCUCCGUUCAGCCUCCCUGCGCGCACCGGAUACUCCAGCCAGAAAAGCCCGCACUGUGACGGCCGAGAGCGGCGAGAGAAGGCCUCCUUCCGACGUCGUGCUUCCGUCCCCAAACCCGCCACUCGGUUCCGAUCGCGUUCGUUUCGUGUGUUUUUUUUUGGGGUUGGUUUUUUUUGCUAACAGUCUUGCGUGGCGCUCUCCGUGUCGUUAUGGUAGAUUAUCACGCCUCUAAUAACCAAUACUCGUCCGGCGGCGUGCAGACCUACAUGGAGCAAGAAAACGACUGGGACCGGGACCUGCUGCUGGACCCGGCCUGGGAGAGACAGCAGAGGAAGACCUUCACGGCGUGGUGCAACUCCCACUUGAGGAAGGCCGGCACACAGAUCGAAAACAUCGAAGAGGACUUCAGGGAUGGACUCAAACUUAUGCUGCUUCUGGAGGUCAUCUCAGGUGAACGGUUACCCAAGCCUGAGCGAGGCAAGAUGAGGGUCCACAAGAUCAACAACGUCAACAAAGCUCUGGACUUCAUCGCCAGCAAGGGAGUCAAACUGGUCUCCAUUGGUGCUGAGGAAAUUGUGGACGGAAACGCCAAGAUGACCCUGGGAAUGAUCUGGACCAUCAUUCUCCGCUUCGCCAUCCAGGACAUCUCUGUUGAAGAGACGUCUGCUAAGGAGGGUCUUCUGUUGUGGUGCCAGAGGAAGACCGCUCCCUACAAGAAUGUAAAUGUGCAGAACUUCCACAUUAGCUGGAAGGACGGUCUCGCCUUCAACGCUCUGAUCCACCGACACAGACCAGAACUCAUCGACUACGACAAGCUCAGAAAGGACGAUCCUGUGACCAAUCUGAACAACGCCUUCGAGGUUGCAGAAAAGUAUCUGGACAUCCCCAAAAUGUUGGACGCCGAAGACAUCGUGGGCACGCUGCGGCCCGACGAGAAGGCCAUUAUGACCUAUGUCUCCUGCUUCUAUCACGCCUUCUCUGGCGCUCAGAAGGCCGAGACCGCCGCCAACCGUAUCUGCAAGGUGCUGGCUGUCAAUCAGGAAAACGAGCACCUGAUGCAGGACUACGAAAAGCUGGCCAGUGACCUUCUGGAGUGGAUCCGGCGCACCAUCCCCUGGCUGGAGAACAGAAACCCAGAGAAGACCAUGUCUGAGAUGCAGCAGAAGCUGGAGGACUUCAGAGACUACCGUCGUGUCCACAAACCACCAAAGGUCCAGGAGAAAUGUCAGCUGGAGAUCAACUUCAACACGCUGCAGACCAAACUGAGACUUGGCGGUAGACCUGCCUUCAUGCCGUCGGAGGGACACAUGGUGUCUGAUAUCAACAGAGCGUGGCAUACCUUGGAGGGAGCGGAGAAAGGCUACGAGGAGUGGCUCCUCAACGAGAUCAGACGUCUAGAGCGACUGGAUCAUCUGGCGGAGAAGUUCCGCCAGAAGGCCUCCAUCCACGAAUCCUGGACCGAUGGGAAGGAGGCCAUGCUGACUCAGAAAGACUACGAGACCGCCACGCUGUCAGACGUCAAGGCGCUGCUGCGAAAACACGAGGCCUUUGAAAGCGACCUGGCGGCCCAUCAGGACAGGGUGGAGCAGAUCGCCGCCAUCGCGCAGGAGCUCAACGAGCUGGAUUAUUAUGACGCUCCCAGCGUCAACGCUCGCUGUCAGAAGAUCUGCGAUCAGUGGGACCGCCUGGGAGAACUCACCCAUAGACGCAGGGACUCACUGCAGAAAACGGAGAAGGUGCUGGAGUCCAUAGAUGAGCUCUACCUUGAGUACGCCAAGAGGGCGGCGCCCUUCAACAACUGGAUGGAGGGCGCCAUGGAGGACUUGCAGGACAUGUUCAUCGUCCACAACAUCGAGGAGAUCCAGAGUCUGAUCCGAGCUCACGAACAGUUCAAGUCCACCCUGCCGGACGCCAACAAGGAGCGCGAAGCCAUCCAGGCCUUCCAUUCCGAGGUCCAGAAGAUCGCUCAGCACAACGGAAUCAAGCUGAGCGGAAUCAACCCGUACACCACCAUAACGCCGCAGAGCAUCGACAGCAAGUGGGAACAGGCGCAGCGGUUGGUGCCUCAGCGUGACCAGGCCCUGCAGGAGGAGCUCCGCAAGCAGCAGUCCCACGACACCCUGAGACGGAACUUUGCUGAACAAGCCAACGUGGUCGGGCCCUGGAUACAAACCAAGAUGGAGGAAAUCGGCACGAUAUCAAUUGAGAUGAUUGGCACCCUGGAAGACCAGCUGACCCACCUGAAGGAGUACGAGCGCAGCAUCGUGGACUACAAGCCCAACAUUGAGCAGCUGGAGGGGAUCCACAAACUGAUCCAGGAGGCCCUCAUCUUUGACAACACAUACACCGCCUACUCCAUGGAGCACAUCCGUGUGGGCUGGGAGCAGCUGCAUACCACCAUCGCCAGGACCAUCAACGAGAUUGAGAACCAGAUCCUGACACGCGACGCCAAGGGCAUCAGCCAGGAGGAGCUGUACGAGUACCGCGCCUCCUUCAACCACUUUGACAAGGACCACAGCGGGGCCCUCAUGGCCGAGGAGUUCAAGGCCUGUUUGAUCAGUCUGGGCCACGAUGUGGAGAACGACAAGCAGAAGCGGUCAGGACAGAUGGUGGCAGAUGAUUUCCGGGCUCUGCUCAUUUCUACAGGAAACAGCCUGGGUGACGCCGAGUUCGCGCGCAUCAUGAGCAUCGUGGACCCCAACAACACGGGAACCGUCACUUUCCAGGCCUUCAUCGACUUCAUGUCCCGCGAGACCACCGACACGGACACUGCCGACCAGGUCAUCGCCUCCUUCAAGAUCCUGGCCGCCGAUAAGAACUUCAUCAUGGCGGAUGAGCUGAGGAGGGAGCUGCCCCCCGACCAGGCAGAGUACUGCAUCGCCAGGAUGGCGCCCUAUACGGGGCCCGACGGCGUCCCCGGGGCCCUCGACUACAUGUCCUUCUCCACCGCCCUGUACGGAGAGAGCGACCUGUAGAGAGGCAGACGGACGAGGGGUUGGGGGAGGGGGGGUGGGGCGGGAUCAUCUGGAAGACCGUGAGGCGUCCUCUGCGUGUGCCGGUGUGGAAAUGUUUGAGCGUGCUGAGUGAAGCCUAGCUAGUCUCGGCCCAGCGUUGACUUCCUGGGCGGUGUCAGCUGGAGGGGGGGCGUUCUUUAACUUCACCCUCUCUGCCUUUUAUUGGGUGGGGGAGGGGUCACGAGCUAAUAUUGAUACUUACGCUAAAUGUCUUUUUAUUUUAUGAUCAUUUUCUUCUUCUUGCAGGGGGAGGAGUCAGGUCUGGGGGAGGGGGCGGGGUCUCGACUGUUUGCGUAUUAGAUCCCAGAGUUAUGCUGCGGGGCAGGAAAAGGCAUAUUUACCCAUAAUUCCCUUCUUGCUGGAUAAGGUGACCAACUUUUUCUGUCCGCUUUUCUUGAUUUCCUGCAGCGGGUGGAGGGUGGUGUCAGGAUGGGGGCGGAGCUUGGAAUUGACACUGUAAAUAUUUGUUUUUCCAGUGCGACGGAUGAGGCUCAAAAGUAGAGAAAGUUUGAUUAUGUACCAGUGAGGAGCGUUUUUUUUUUUCCUUUUUGUUUUUUAAAAGUCCGAUUACAUGUCACGUGACAGGUGACACCCAAUUACGAGGCAGUAUUCUGAAAAUCCUGCAAGCGCUUAAUAAAUGAAAGGUGGUCUACUUUCACAAUAGGCUGAAUGCGGAUUCUUGCACUUCCUGGUUUGGCUGGUUGCCGUGGUAACAGCAACAUCACAGAAUGGUGGCUAAGAAGUGUGCUAGUCGGCGUCCUCGGCACCACCCUCUCUCUCUCCCUCUCUCUCUCUUUUCCUCCACUUCCUCCUCCUCCUCGGCGGUAUUCGGGGGCUGGGGGGUGGUCUCUACUUCCCAAAAUGUACAAAUAAAAUCAACAAAAAGUGAAAUCUAUGCAAUAGAAAUGAGAAAAGAUUGGAAUCCAAAUUGACUUUUGCAGGCGGCGAGGGAAAGACAGGGGAAGGAAGAGGGAAAAACAAAAAGACUCGGACCAAAAGCUUCUUUCUUUGGUUUUUCUUUCUUUCUUUUUUUUUUUUUUACUCCGUCAGCUUGGAGAGGAAUGAACUCUGGAAAUUGUGAUUUUUGUUUUUCUUUUUUUGUACUCUUUAAUAAGGAACCUUAUCUGCUGUACUGGAAAC